AAAAAAAAAAAAAAAAAAAAAAAGGGUCGUGCAAAUAUCAAAAGAUGCGACUAUGGAGUAAACUAAUCAAACAACUACUAAGAGGCCGUUUGACCGGUACUCGGAAUGAACGUAAGAGGUUCAGUUUAUCUCAAAAGCUGACGAUCUGGAAUCUGAAGUUUCUGAACUAUCCAACACGCCCCUGCAGCAAUCAACAAUUCUCCUCCUUUCCUUCUUUCUUCCUUUCAUUUUAUUUUUAUUUUAAUUUUUCUGUGUGAGAAAAGCAAAAUAUAUCUAAGAUAUAACCAUAGCACUCCCACAAGAAGCCGGGGAAAAGGAAAAGGAUAAUCAAGCUAUCGACAGUACCACAUCUGUUGAACAAGAAAGCGAUUUACCAAUGACAUUAUAGAUUCACUAUCAUGCGUUCCAGACAAAUAACCGCCAAGUUAGGUGUAGACCCUAAGGCUAAGGUUGGUGGUGCAACGCACGUCCCAUUUUGCCAUCAAUACGGGUUAUAGAUUGGGGGAGGGGCAAAGAGAAC